AGGGGCGGGAGGCGGCGGCGCCCGCCCCAGGAGCCGACCCGGGCGCGAGGAGGGCCGGCUCGUUGCGUCGGCCGAGCCCGCGGCGGGUACGAUGCAGCUCCUGGUGAGGGUGCCGUCCGUCCCGGAGCGGGGCGAGCUGGACUGCGCCAUCUGCUACCGGCCCUUCAACCUCGCGGGCCGCGAGCCCCGCCGCCUGCCCGGGACGGCGCGCGCCCGCUGCGGCCACACGCUCUGCACCGCCUGCCUGCGCGAGCUGGCGGCGCGCGGCGACGGCGGCGGGGCGGCCGCGCGCGUGGUGCGCCUGCGCCGCGUCGUCACGUGCCCCUUCUGCCGCGCGCCCACGCCGCUCCCGCGCGGCGGGGUGGUGGAGGUCUCAGUGGACCCAGAUUUGUGGUCGCGGCUGGAAGACAGAGCGCGGGCGGAGCGCAAGCCGGAUGAGGCGGGCGGCCCGGUCCCGGGAGGCGGCGACGCCGAGGACGAAGACCAGAGAGAGGAGGGGGUGUUACCCAGGAGCUCGGGCUGGCGCGCGCUCCGGCGGCUGGUGGAGCGGGUGCUGGCGCCCGCGCGCCGCUGGCGGCGGCCGCUGCCUAGCAACGUGCUGUACUGUCCGGAGAUUAAGGACUUGGCUCGCAUGAGCCCCUGCACGCUGUGACCGCGGCGGAAGGAAGGUGGUCGCUGCAUUCUCGAGGCGCGCUGGAGUGCAGGGUUGAGGCCAAGGCCACCGCGCGCCCGUCCCGGGAUUGGCUUUUGCAGGAGUUAAGCCUAGGGCAGGAGGGGCCGCCCUAGAAUGGCCCCGGCAACACGGUGUACUGACUGGGCCAGGCUCGCGUCCUCGGGGGAGAGGCCCCGGGAUGGUGGAGACGGGUCCGCAUUCUCGUGGGAAGGACAGAGAAUGUGUCCUUAGCUGUGACUGGCUUUUGUCCAGGGCAGCUCUGGCCAUUUGGAACAAUUGGGCCCAUUCUAGCAAUUCUGUGUCAGUGGUUUUAAAUUUUUUUUAAAAAGCUAGGGCGAAGAGGUCGAUUUUUGUGUCCUGUUACUGUCACUUCUACGGCAUGUUAGCUGAGAAAAAAUAUUUCUUUUCUCCCCCAGGGCUGGUAUGCUCAUCUGCCCAGAAUGGUAGUGUGUUCCUAAAAUUAUUGAGAUGCCUCUGUACCUCGCUUCAUUUCAGUCUCUCUUCAGCCUGUGAGGGCAGGUAUCAGGGUCCAAAUGGCAUUCAUCUGAGGCACCUAAUUAGGGCCAACCAGGGAUAGGAAAGCCGUUUGGUAAAGGCAUCACAUUUUAAUCUUUUUUUUUUUAAGAUUUUAUUUAUGUAUUUGUCAGAGAGAGAGAGAGAGAGAGCGCUCACAAGCA